CAGAAUCUCAGAUCAGUCGGCAGUCGUGUCGCAGCGUCGUACGAACGCACACGCGGAUCACGGGUUCUGGUGUUGUACGACCAAACGGCUGCAACAAUAUUUGUACGGCCGCCGCCAUUCGAAUCGAUUGCUCCGCGCGCGCGUUCCAUAACUUUUCUCGACUCUUCCCAGUCACAGGUCGCGGGGACUUUGCCUGUGACGACGAUGCCGGUGCGCGCUGCGUAGAAUCCUGCCGAGUGGAGCGCUCGACCGUUCCGCGUGCACGUGUGUGUGUACCGUAGUGCACCGCGUACGUACCGUUGCAGUCCGUCGCCGCAGCUGUGUGCAGAGUGCCGUCGUCCGAGAUAUUUAGACUACAAUCGCCAUGUCGGAAUAUAACGGCGAAGCCAAGUAUCGACCAAAACGGUAUCAGUCUAUUGGCAAGUUGUUCAAAAAACGUGUACCGAUCGUUUCUUGGCUACCCAAGUACGAUGCAGAUCAAGCUAUCAGUGACUUAGUCGCUGGGGUCACUGUUGGAUUAACAGUCAUGCCUCAAGGGUUGGCGUAUGCUACCCUCGCUGGUUUAGAACCGCAGUAUGGUUUGUAUUCUGCGUUUGCUGGAUGUAUUGUUUAUACAGUAUUUGGUAGUUGUAAGGACAUAACCAUUGGGCCUACAGCAUUAAUGUCACUUAUGACUUACCAACAAGUGGUAAAUAGAAACGCAGAUUAUGCAGUAUUAUUAUGUUUUUUGUCUGGUAUCUUACAAUUCAUUAUGGGAUCACUUAAACUAGGUGUAUUAAUUGACUUCAUUUCCAUCCCGGUAACCGUUGGUUUUACAUCAGCUACGUCUGUUAUCAUAGCAGUAUCUCAAUUAAAAGGUCUUCUUGGCUUGAAGUUUGAAUCAUCUAGCUUUUUAGAUUGUCUGCUGAAAGUAUACCAGAAUAUUUGUAACUACCGUGCCAAUGAUACAAUUCUAGGAGUUACAUCUAUCAUCAUACUACUCAUGCUUCGAAAAAUGAAAGACAUUAAAUUAUUAGGACCUAAUGGUAAGCCAUCCAACAAACAAAGAACAAUUAUGAAAGGGCUGUGGCUGCUCUCUAUAUCUAGAAAUGCUUUAAUUGUGGUUGCUUGUUCAAUAAUCUCAUAUUGGUGUUACAAACCAGAUUCAGAACCUUACGUGAUUUUAAUCGGGGAAGUAAGAUCUGGAUUACCACCGUUAAAAUUUCCACCGUUUGGAACUCAAAUAAAUGGUACAGCGGUUAGCUUCAUUAACAUGUGUUGGGAUCUCGGAUCUUCCAUUAUAUUAGUGCCGGUGAUUGCUGUUCUCGGAAACGUCGCUAUCGCUAAAGCAUUUGCAAGCGGAAACUCAGUUGACGCUACACAAGAACUCUAUUGUUUGGGCGUUUGCAAUUUACUGGGUUCGUUCGUUUCUUCGAUGCCGGUUACGGGAUCCUUUUCAAGAAGUGCAGUUAAUCAUGCUAGUGGAGUGCGAACACCUAUGGGUGGAAUGUACACUGGUAUACUCAUUAUUUUGUCGUUGAGUUUAUUGACGCCGUACUUUUUCUUCAUACCCAAAGCAGCCUUAGCAGCAGUCAUCAUCAGUGCUGUUAUUUUCAUGAUCGAAUACGAGAUCGUUAAACCUAUGUGGAAAUCAAGUAGAAAAGACUUGAUACCUACAUUUGCAACAUUUGUUUUAUGCCUGGCUAUUGGUGUCGAACUUGGAAUUUUAGUAGGUGUCACCAUAAAUAUCAUGCUCCUACUUAUCCCGUCAGCUAGACCGUUUUUGCACAUUGAAAUGAAAAAGUUAAGAACUGGCCUAGAUUAUUUACUAGUGACUCCAGAGAACAGCCUUUACUUUCCAGCUGUAGACUUUAUGCGAGCCAAAACGGAUCGAGCUGCUGUUAAAAUGGGACAGUCUAAACUUCCUGUCGUAGUUGAUUGUAAACAUAUACUUGAUGCAGAUUUUACAGCUGCUAAAGGUAUUGCUGGAUUGAUAAUGGACUUCAAGAGGCGAAAACAGCCAUUGUGUUUUUAUAAUCCUAGAAUAAGUGUAUUAGCUGUACUACAGGGUGUGUGUGUGGAUGAAAUCGUUCACUGUUUCACAUAUGACGAACUGGAACAAACUCUUAACGAUAUCAACUAUUCUGGGAAUCCAGCAGAAUUAAAAGACAUAGUACAUACAACAACCCAGCCGUCACACGAAACUCCGCUUUUAAAUAGAAGACAACAUUAAACACAAACUUACUUUAUAGUUGAAUAUUUUCCUGCAUGAUGAAUAAUUCUGUUGUAAUUUAAUUUAUACAGAAUCAUGAUAUAUGAGUGUUGUUUAGCUCAUACAUAAUGGAUCUAAUUUAAAUAUUUAUUUGUUUGUGAAAUUUGUGUAAACAUAUUGAAUAAUGAAAAUUUUUUUCAUCUGUACAAAUUUUGUUCACUCAUCAGAAUUUAGAAACUAAGGAAUCAUUUUUUAUUAAUAUUUUAUUAUUUUCAAUAAUUAUAAUUUAUUUAUAUAUUUUUCUAAUAUUAAUUUAUACAUUUGUUCGUUGUAGGUAGUAUACUUGUGUAGUUUAUAUAUGAAUGUAUGACAAUAUUUUUAUAAAUGAGAGGCAUGAAUAUUUUUUUAAGUUAAUUAAGUAAAAUAUUUCAAGAUAAUUUUUUUAACUGACUACCUAUUUAAGGUUUGGUUUUCAAAUAAUGUUGCAAAUGAAUUGUUUUUGUAGGUAUUCAUAUAAAAAAAUCAAUAUUUUAACUCAAUUUGAAGUAUAAUUUAAGUUUAAAAACUAUUAAUAUUGUU